AUUGUUUUGCUUUGUGCGGCGAAAGAGACAUACUGUAACGUCAUUGACACUCCUACACCGCCUCACUGUGAUUUUGAUUUCGUUACUCAGAUUCAUCGAGCGGAUCUUGACAAAGUUUGACAGUCCGUUUUCUGUAGUCAUAAGCAUGGGGACCUAAGGUUAGAAAUGGAGAAGUGCAUGGAGAUUACUAUUUACUGUAACAACAACAAAUAUCAUCACAUGAAAACAGUAGUUCCCUUUUCUGCUUCCAGCUCUGUUGGAGAUGAGUUUGAGUUUUACUCAAAAUGAGGAUGGAUAAUGAACAAUGCAAAAGCUUCACACACCCACUGAAGACGUAGAAUUAAGAUCACCUUCGUUGUUAAAUUGUCAGUCUUGCCAAGUAUGGACCCAGCGGAGGAGUCUACUCUUCACUCCGCACUCUCUCAGCAGGAAGCUUUACUGGGAUGUCAGCAGGAUCAGAUCUCCGCAUCUAACCAGGCUCUGGAGAUGAUGGCGAAGCAGCUCGCUGAGCUCACAACUCCGCCUACCUUCCGAUGCUUGUCCCACUCAGGAAGCACCCUUACUGGCUCUGGCAGUUCCCCAUGUUUCUGGGCACUCAGAGGCUCGUAUCCCUUCUCCUACCAUGUUUUCAGGUGAGGCGGGAUCCUGUAGCACAUUCCUUUCACAAUGUUCCCUGUUCUUCAUUUUACAGCCCCCUGCUUUCCCAUCGGAGACAAUGAAGGUGGCUUGUGUGAUCACACUCCUUACCGGAAGGGCCAAUGAAUGGUGGACCACAAUAUGAGACUACAGACAUCCCUGUUGUGCCUCUUUUCAUACCUUCUCCACAGAGCUCCACCAAGUUUUUGAUCGCUCGGCUCAAGGUUGGUAGGCGCCAUGGGUCUUAUCUGGACUGUCUCAGGGAGAUCUGUGAGUCUCAGAUUAUGCAAUCGAGUUUCGCACCCUGGCUGCUUCUUGUGAGUGGAUCGACCACGCCAUGUGGGACCUGCAUGAGCUUUCUGACAACAUCCAGGACGAAAUCUAUCCUUUGGAUCUGCCUCAACACUUCGACGAUUUGGUGGAUCUGGCUAUCCGAGUCGAUCAACGUCUGGCCCUAUGCCAUCACCACCGCUCUCCACCUACCCGGGCGGCUGGCCAUCCUACCUGGUCCACUACUUUGGCCAGGUCACCAGAAUCACGGCCCAACACAGAGCCCAUGCAAGUCGGGAGAACUCAGAUUUCACAUAAGGAGAAGCAGUUCAUGGACUAUGCUUUCAUUGUGCCUGAUCUGGUCAUUUCUCUGCUUCCUGUCUGUUAAAAGACACCGUUCAUCAGUAGGAAUGGGGUUACUGGCGAGCAAAACAGCUUUGGACAAAGCCCCCUGACUUUGUACACUUCUCCCGGCCUGGCUGCAGUAUGGAUCUACCUGUCACACGAUCUCAGCCCUGGUGGAUUUCGGAGCCGAAGGGAACUUUAUGGACAUCAACUUGGCUUCCAAAUGGCGGCAUCCUAUGGUCCAAUUGGAUGAACCUAUCGCCGCCCACACCCUCAGUGGCACGCCCCUGUCCUUCAUCACCCAGUCCAUCAAGCCAGUCAGCGUCGUCUCUGGAAAUCAUAUGGAGCAGUUGUCCUUUUACCUGAUCCAUUGGCACCGAUAGAGUUGGGGCAUUCUUGGUUGGUAAUGCACAACCCACUCAUAGACUGGUCAACCAACACUGUUCUUACUUGGAGUCUGUAACAGAGUUCAUAAUUUCAGGACAAAUGGAGGAGUCGAGAGGCAGCAGAACAGUCAAUGUGAGUAUUUUUAUUACUCCUUUAGCGUCAGACAAAACUUAAACAAAAAGGGCUCUUGGUGGCCAAAUAAACACACAGGCAAGUCAAAUGAGAGUUCACAUCAAUAUUCGUAGUCACACACAGCCGACUCUCUCUCUGCUUCCUCUUUAUACUGACUGAUGCCCUUGUUGGCCUUUUCAGGUCUCCAUCCACAAUCACUAUAAUAGGAGACAGGUGUUAAUGAUAAUGACAGCCCAGGUGACGAGCCUUACCGCUCUUCCUUUUCCACAGACAGAUACACGACCACGCCCCAUCCCCACAGAGUCCUUACUGUUUGUCGCACUGUCUUAACUUUGCUGUCUCCCCUGUCCAGUCUUGUGUUUCGUUGCACGAUGAACCUGUGGAUUUAUCCGGAGUACCGUUGACAUACCAUGGCUUGAGGGCGGUGUUCAACCGGUCCAACACUGCGACCCUUCCUCCUCAUCACCUGUACGACUGUGCGAUUGAAUUGCUUCCUGACACCUCGCCUCCUCGGGGAUGGCUGUAUUCGCUCUCGGCUCCUGAGAGGGAGGCCAUGAACAGGUACAUCAAUGAUUCUCUGGCAGCCAGUCUCAUCUGCCCUUCCUCAUCGCCGGCAGGGGCGGGGUUCUCCUUCAUGGAGAAGGAUGGCUCGCUUUUGUUUAAGAUUAUCGGGGGCUGAAUGACAUCAUGUUGAAGAACCGCUAUCCUUUGCCGUUGAUAUCCUCAGCUUUCGAACUCUUGCAGGGAGUGUCCAUCUUUACGAAGCUGGACUUAUGCAACGCUUAUCACCUUAUCCGGAUUAGAAAGGGGGGUGAGUGGAAGAUGGCUUUUAACACCCAUAGGGGGCACUUUGAAUAUUUGGUCAUGCCUUUCAGAUUGGUCUACGCCCCCGGCGUCUUCCAGGGGCUCUUAAAUCACAUGCUUAGAGACAUAGUUGAUUGUUUUGUGUUUGUCUAUCUAGAUGAUAUUCUGAUCUUCUCCCAGAAUAUCCAGGACCAUGUUCAGCACAUCAGGCAGGUGCUUCAGCGACUGCUAGAGAAUUGGCUGUUCGUCAAGGUGGAGAAGUGCACUUUUCAUGCACAGUCGGUUUCCGUUCCUGGGGUUCAUCGUUUCAUCCGAGAGAGUGCGCAUGGACCCUGCUAAGGUCACAGCCGUCUCCGUUUGGCCAACCCCAGAUUCUCACAAGGCAUUGUAGAUGUUUCUGGGGUUCGCUAAUUUCUAUCUGAGAUUUAUUAAGAAUUACAGCCAAAUUGCCACACCUCUGACGGAUCUCACCUCCACCCGCACUUACUUUUGUUGGUCCCUGCGGCCUGAGGUCGCGUUCUCUUAACUAAUGGAACAGUUUUCUACUGCACCAAUUCUUGUUACUCCCGACCCUGCAUGUCAGUUCGUGGUGGAGGUAGAUGCAUCUGAGGUUGGUGUGGGAGCGGUCCUGUUACAGCGCUCUUCCUCGGAUGGAAAGAUGCAUCCGUGUGCUUUUUUUUUUGCACCGCUUAUCACCAGCAGAACGGAACUACGACAUUGGUAACCGAGAAUUGCUGGAUGUCCAGUUGGCUUUGGGCGAGUGGCAUCAUUGGUUAGAGGGCUCGGGGGUACCUUUCUUGGUCUGGACUGAUCAUAAGAACCUAAAGUACAUCCGUAGCGCCAAACGCCUUAACUCUAGACAGGCACUAUGCCAGGCUAGGCUCUAUUUUUCACACGUUUUAAUUUUCCGUGCAGCACUAAGAAACACCGCGCCCCCCACUACGUGCCCAGCACGUCCUACCAUAGGGUCACUCAUCUAACGUUGCUUGUCAUCCAGAGGCGACUCGCACCCAGAUGCUCAUUAGACAAAGAUUCUGGUGGCCAUCGCUUGCACGGGACGUACACCGGUUCAUAGCCUCUUUCCCCAUUUGCACGAAUAAUAAGACCUCCUGUAACCCCCCAGCAGGGCUCCUCCAACAGCUGUCUGUCCCUUCGAGACCUUGGUCGCACAUAGUCUUGGAUUUUGUAACUGGUCUUCCCCCUCCCAUGGCAAUACAGUAGUUUUGAGGGAGACAGCAGUAGCAGUCAUAAACCACGUCUUCCGCAUUCAUGGCCUCCCGGUCGAUGUGGUUUCUGACAGAGGCCCCCAUUUGUGUUGUGUUUUUGGGCAGAAUUCUAUCGACAGCUGGGGGCUAUGGUGAGUUUGUCCUCUUGGUUCCAUCCCCAGACAAAUGGGCAAGCGGAGUGGAAGAAUCAGGAACUGGAAAAAAACCCUGCACUGUGUGGCCUCCCGUAAUCCAUCUUCUUGGAGCGAUUGUUUAGUCUGGGUCGAGUACUCCCAAAACACUUUGCAGUCAUCGUCUGCCGGGUUAUCACCCUUCCAGUGCAGCUUCGGUUGUCAGCCCCCUCUGUUCCCCGCAUAAGAACCCGACGUUCAGGUCCCGUCCACCUGAACUUUUAUUCAGAGGUGCCGGCGCACCUGGAAAGUCACCAGAGAGGCCCUUAUAUGGACUGGUGCUCAUGUUAAGAGGUUGGUAGACCAGCACAGGUCUAAGGCCCAGCAUACGUGUGCAAGCAGAAGGUUUGGUUGCCUUCUAAGGACAUUCCAAUCUGACUCCCCUCACGUAAGCUGGGUCGCAAGUUUAUCGGGCAGUUUCCCAUCACCGGUUCCCACGUUUCCAGAGUGUGGUUGUCUUCUAGUUUGCUGUACACAUGUUCUCUGUGCUCACGAGUCUUCAACGGAGGAUUCCUCGUCUCUGCCCACGUGUCGGGAGUGUGGUUGCCUUCCAGUUUGCUGUACACUUGUUCUCUGCAUUCAUAAGUCUUCAGAUGAGGAAUCCUCAUCUCUGCCCACAUGUCGGGAGUGUGGUUGCCCUCCAGUUUACAGUACGCUUGUUCUCUGCACUCACGAGUCUUCAACAGAGGAUUCCUCGUCUCUGCCCGCGUGUCGGGAAUGUGGUUGCCUUCCAGUUUGCUAUACGCUUGUUCUCUGCGCUCACGAGUCUUCAACUGAGGAUUCCUCGUCUCUGGCCACGUGUCGGGAGAGUUGAUUGCUUUCUAGUCUGCUGGGUGCUGUUCUCUGCACCUCACUAUGCUUCAACGGAGGAUUCCUAUGAAUCUGCUCCUGACUUCCACAAUGCACACACUCGCCUACGAACACACUAUUCACGGAUUUGCCCAUUGAGCGGCCAUGGCACGCACGCAUCCACAAACUUCUUCUCGCUACUGCAGCCGGUGCCGGGAUCCUCAGUCUUCGCCAGCACAGUUGAAGUGAAUAUUCAUUGUUAAUAAAUCCUUUGAACUGUUCCUCUGCUCUUUGGUCUCUUUGUCUCGCUCUCUGACACCCUUCAGUAUGUCCCACCCGUUUCAAUAGGGAAAUACUGUUGAAUACAGGAAAUUAAACUCAUUUCAUGAGGUCUUUUAAAAUUAAUUGUUUGUCUUUUCAUUAUGAAUGUUGUAAGCUCAUUUAUAUGAACAAUACUUAGCCACGGAUACCCAAAGGAAGUCAUAUACCAGUUGAUGAAGCACUGAAAACAUGUCUGGAGCUGAAUUUCACUGAUGUCAGUUUUUAUAACCUGUGAAAUUGAGUUGGUCGUGAUAAUUAAUUUUAAUCUCAGUGGGCCUAACUUGACAAAAACAAAAUCCAUGAACAAGAGUCCAGAAUAUAAAGAAUCCACUGCUGAGAAUAACAAGCUAGGGAACAACAUGGAGCGAAAAAGUCAAAGUUGUAUUUUUAUAGGAUAAUGUGUUUAUUUGAGCUAUUGAGACACAUUUUCUGCCUUUUCAGGACACAUAAUUUAGCAGCCACAUAUAUUUAUCACCUCACAAUGGCUUGAUUAUUUGUAUUUUGCGGGAUGUGUUUUCUGUCUGCUUGUUGUGCUACAGGAGAAAGUGGAUUCAAUGUUCAGGCGAUCAGAUGAUGCUGAGCACUCAUCUGAGGAACUUAUAGUGCUUGCAUUUGCAGUAGUUAGGGAAUGUUUUUUUCUCUCUAGGAUGGGAAUAUGGUGUAUGGCGAACUCGCAUGCAGUAAUGACAGUCUGUAUGAGAACAGCAAAAUUAAGGAAAUCCUAUCAUUUCAACAUGGAGAUCUCUCAACCAGCAAUGACAACCAAGCAGGAAGCAACAACUACAAGGAAGAACCAUCAUUGCGACAUGAGAAUCUCUCAGUCAACAGCAGUCUUGCAGACAGCAAUAACACUGAGAAAGAAGAUUGCCUGUUUAGAAUUCACAAAACAUUUAAUAGAGCAACUGAAGACACUAAUGGAGAGGACAGUCCACCAUUACACAUAAAACUGCUAGCCUGUAAUGACAAUCUCUUAUAUCUCUCUUACAACAACUCCAAGGAUAACUCAAGGAAGCCAAGUGGCACAUUCCGCAGUCCCCCCAAAUCAGCUCUACGGUUUCCUGCGGAGACAGAUCCUCUCAGUGAGCACAGUGAACCUGUAGACUGCAAUUAUGGCCUCUUCGACAAUGGCAGAAAAAAGAAAUCUAUUGCAGUGACCAGGAAACGUACAGCAAACAAUGCUGAUGAACUCUCUGACAGAAAUACUAAGGUUGUUUCAUUUAGAGUGAAAAGAACAUUGCCUGGAACAUCCAAGUUCUCUUCCAAGGGAUCAAAUCAAGAAGAUUUAAUUGAGGAGCCAGUGGAAAUGCAGCAACUGCAGACCACUGAAGAAAGUACAUUUGAAGUCCUUCCAGUGGAGAUGGCUGCCUAUCCAACAGAUGAAAACCCUCUAGAGAGAGAUGAGGAUGAUGGCCUGAUGGACUGGUGGAGGACUGUUGAGGGUUGGAGUGAAUGGAAUGGAACAACAAAUUUUCCAGAGAAUAAAGAAGAGCUAGCUGUUGAGGCCGCAGCAGAUCGUGUGUUCAUGGCGGCUCGUUUGUUUGUCAGCCUGUUCAACCAGCGUGGAGCCUCUUUGCAACAUCGCAUCGUAGAGUUGCUCACUCUGGCGGACACUGCUGACAGCUUCCAUAAGAAGACUGUGAGUGCAGCUGUCGGGGGUGGUGUGGCUAGUGUGGCGGGGGGCAUAGCCACCAUUACCGGCCUCAUCCUGGCCCCCUUCACCUUUGGCACCUCCACCAUUGUCACCGCGGUGGGGAUCAGUGUGGCAACAGCUGGGAGCAUCACCUCGGCCACAGCUAAUAUCACCGAUGCAGUUCAAUCUAAGAUGGAUCGCAAGAAGGUGGAAAAGAUGAUCCAGUGCUACCAGAAUGAGAUCAGUGACAUAAGAGAUUGUCUGGAAUUCAUGCAAGAAGGAAUGAAUACCCUGCAAGAAUGGAACUUUAAGGAGUACUCUGAAAGUGUUGUCAAAACGAGUCUUAACCGGAACCUAAAGCAUGUAAUGAAAGAGGGUGGACGAGCAGGUAAAGCUCUCAUGAUAAACACUGAUAGGCUCAUCGGCACUGUGAAAGUUCUAGGAGUUGCUGGAGGUGCGGCCAAAGCUGCCAAGGCCAUCAGUGUCACCACGGGGGUCAUGUCCACUCUCUUCCUCGCCCUGGAUGUCUUCUUUCUUGCCAAAGACUCCAACGAACUCCGCAAAGGUGCCAAGACCAAAUUUGCCUCCAAAAUACGGGAAGUAUGCAGAGAGCUUCAAAAUGGCCUACUGGAACUGAACGAAGUGAAGACUCAACUUCAGAAGACCAUGGAUGGAAUUGAAGUGGAAGAAUAUGAGGAGCAUUGUGAUGAAGAGGAGUCAGAUCCAAUCAAAUUGGCUCAACUAGAACAAGAACUGGAACAGUUGGAGGAGAAGCUUGACCAGAAGACUACGCAGGAGCAGAAGUCCAACAUCACUCGCAAUGGGUGUGGAAUAAAUAAACUGUGCAUGGAGAACCCCACUGGAUGUGACCCUUCAGGCAGUUCUCAGUGCUUCUUCACAUCUUCACGUUUUUCCUCUACUAACAAAAGCCUGGCCUUUGAGCUCAGUGGCAACUCCACCGGUUACAUCGCUUUAGCCACUGGAGUGAACUCUAGCUUGUCUCAGGGGACUAAUGUUGUCUUUGUCUGUGGCAACAAUAACGGCAGUUUCUUCUUCCAAACCACAACACUCAUAAACAACUCACUGGCAAUAUCAAGUUGGCUUAAUGUGAGCAAUAUCCAAGGUUCGAUACGAAAAAGCUUGAUUCAGUGUGCUUUCAACAUCCCCAUUGAUGUUAACAUCAUUAACACCCUAACCGGCAUCAACACCACGAAUUUCAACAACACAAACCUCGCUAAUACACCUAUUAAUGCAUUCGUUGAAAUCUUUCAAGGUUCAACCAGUGGAACUGUGCUGGGACAACCGAAGAGCGCAUUUGGAUCCUCUUUUUUGGUGAAUCUAGCUAAUGCUAGUUCUGUUGUCGUAAACACUGCACCUACCACAACUACCACAACUACCACAACUAUCACAACUACCACAAAUACCACAAAUACCACAGCUAAAUCUGUUGUCACUGUUGCAAACGGUAGCAUCUCACUCAUCAGCCUACUGAGUCAAGCUGCAAUUACCCUGCUCAGUAUCUUCACUCUGUGCCUGCUCUGAUGAGACCUGAACGAGACCUGUGGACAAAUUUCAGAAACAUCUUAACUCUAGAUUCCUUUCUUAUCUGUUGCAGAUACUAACUUAAGACUUAAGAUAAGACAUUUCCAUAAUACAACCCCUGAAGACUAAUCUUAUGUAGCGUGAUAUGUAUCUGUGAUGCACUAGCAGGAUGUAUUUGAAGUUUACACAUCUAGAAAUUGUUUCUCUAGUAUUUAUACCUCCACUGUCUUCUUUCUUUCUUUGGUGUCUUCAACCAGAUUGCUCAUAAAUAUAUAUAGGUGACAUUGCCAUGUGUGUUUGCCAUGUGCAGGUUGUUGAACAUAUAUUUGUGAGUGUAUAUGUACAGUACAGACAUAUACUACUAAGCCAUCAUGUUUUUAUCUAGGUGUUUUAUUGAUCCUGUAACAUUAUUUAUUGCUAGUGGAAAUGAUCAGGAAAAUAAAUGUUUUUUUUUUCUUCUGGUGAUUAAAAAUCAUAUUAAAAUUUACAGAAUUUAAAUUAAUAUAUAAAUAAUAAUUAUAAUAAAAAAAUAAUAAUAAAACAUUUUUGUGAUGUUUCAUACUUAAACUGAGCACCAGACAAAAAUAUACUCCUCCUAACAGAAGGCAUUUUUCUAAUAAAAGAUUUUUACCAAUAAAGAGUGAGCUUACGGAACCUU